GCCGCCAGGGAUGCCCUGGAAAAAUGCCUGUCCCUCUACUGGUCACGUGUUGAGGCCGCCAUUUCCGACCUGCAGGGCGGGAAGGAGGUCGAGGAGGAGGAGGGUAAGGUUGACGAAGAGAAGGGGACCGAGGAUGAAGACAUGGACACCGACAGUGUGGACAACCGGCUUGACUUGGAGGAGUUGUCGGGCAUUCCCUUCGAGGCGCACAUCUUGAUGGCACGAAUGAUGAUGGAACUGGAAAUGAACGAGCGGGCUGCGGACGUUCUGGAAGCUCUUUUGGAAGAAGAUGACGAGAACGCAGAGGUAUAUUACCUCAUAUCCGUGGUUGGACAACAACUCUGGAAGGAAUCCGAUCCCGAGCGGCUGAGACACUAUGUUACCAUGGCCAAAUUGUUCUGCGCCAAGGAGGGUGACACCGAGCUGUCUGACGAAAUGGAUGCGCUGCUUCAAACCCUGCCAGCUGAAAGGACACCUUCAGUCAGCAUGGAUGACGGGCCAAUGUCCUCUGACGACGAUGACGAUGAGGCGGAGAAGGGAAAGGAGCAGGAUGAAGGGAACUCUUAG